AUGAUACCAAAUUUGUUCAAAUUCAUAUUUUUUAAUUUUAUUUUUUGUCUUAUAAAAUGUCAGGAUGAAGAAACGGAAACACCAUUCAAUUUAACACGGUAAAGAAAUUUUGAAAUUUUUUAAAAAUUAAAUUCAAUGUCAAUGAGACAGUAUUUUCAGAUCGCAUAUUUUGGUGGCUGAUGGGAGCAUGUUUUUUCAAGCGGGAUUUGAUAAAAAUAUCACAUUCCAAACACGUGGAACUGGCAAAAUUCUUAUAAACAAUGCUAAUGUUGCAGGGUUACCUUCAAAGGUAUCAUAAGUUUUCAGAAAAUUUAUAAAUAUAAGUUUGAUUUCAGGAGGAUUAUGAUAAGUAUUUUGCAAAACUGAAGAUGUUGGAAGAAAAUUAUGAAUUCCUCAAGCCACAAUAUGAAACCAUUAAGUCAGAUCUUCUUGAAAUAUCUAAAUCACAGAUUGAAUUAAAGGAAACUGUGAGUAUUUUUAUUAGAAAUGAUGUAUAAAAAAUUGGAAACAUUUUCAGCAAAAGAAACUCUCUGGGAGUCUGACGGAUUUUGAAAAAUCAAAAGAGAACAUCUCAAAAACUUUGGAAUCUGAUGAAGAAUCAUUGAAUCAUGCAAUUAAUAAAAUAGUGUAAGAACUGACUCAAAAACGUGAAGAUCCUCUGAUUUUUCAGCGAUUUGACAGAACAUUUGAAUAUUGAUGCGUGUGAAAAUUAUCCUUGUUUGAACGGUGGAACUUGUAUUCCAAAAAUUGGUGACAAAUUCAUGUGUUUGUGCCCAAAAUAUUUUGAGGUAAGUUUUAUUGAGACUGUGUCAAAUAAAAGCAAUCAAAAUCGAAACACAAUUUAAUUCCAGGGCAACAAAUGUGAGAACGAUGUGAACGAAUGUUUAUUUAUUAAUGGAACAGAUCUUGCUUGCAAAAACGGUGGAAGCUGUGAGAACACAAAAUAUGGAUAUAAAUGUAAUUGUCAAGGGAAAUUUCACGGUCCACUUUGUCAAUACGAACAAGCAGUUUGUUCACAAUCAACCAAAUUAUGUGGACCACAUGGACAUUGCAUUUCAUCUUCAAAUAGUUAUAGUUGUAAAUGUGAUACUGGUUUCAAAAUGAUUGAUGAAAAAACUAAUCCUACUUGUGCUGAUAUUGAUGAAUGUGAAAACAAUCCUUGUCAUCCAGGAGUUCAGUGUUUGAAUCUUGAUGGGUCUUUUCAAUGUAAUGGAUGUCCAAAAGGAUAUAAAAGUAAGUCAGAAAAAUUACUUCAGAAAUCUGUACAUUGAAAAAUAGAACGUGUGGGUUUUGUUUCACUACGAACAAAGAGUUUAUAUAUAAUUUUUAGUGGUUGGUGGUCAAUGUUAUGAUAUAAACGAAUGCGAAGAGCAUCCAAAUAUUUGUGCAAAACAUUCAAAAUGUAUCAAUCAUCAAGGUUCUUAUGAAUGUGGCAAAUGUGAAGCUGGAUAUUCUGGUGACAGCAGAAAACAGUGCAUCAAAGAUGAUCCGUGUUCACAAAACAAUUGUCCAGAAUCUUCAACUUGUAUUCCAACUAAUCAUUUAUUAAAUUCUUUGUAUUAUUGUAAAUGUCCUGAAAAUCGAGCACUGAACUACAAUAGGUGUACGCCAAUGGAUUAUGUUGGCUGUCGUUCAUCUUGUCAAAACAACGGAGUGGUUGAAUAUGAUCAUUAUAAACACAGAUGCAAAUGUAACUGCCCUGUAAAUUAUGUUGGAGAAAGAUGUGAAAAAGUGUGUUUUUAGGAUUCGAAUUUUUAUGGAAAAAAAAAUAAUUGCAGGCUUCUCCAUGUUUCCCAAAUCCUUGUAAAAAUGGGAAAUGUCAAAUUCGAGAAGAUCAUUCGGCAGUUUGCAUAUGUGAUCCUUUGUAUUUUGGUAAAAAUUGUGAAACUAUGGAGGGUUCUAAUGACAAUCAUCUCACGGCGGACUAUGGUAGUUUCAACUUCACAUCUGAUUCAACAAAUCAAAUCCAUUUUCAUCGAACGUUUUUUGUAAGAAAUAAUGAGAACUACAUCUUGCGAAUCAAUUUUACUAAAUUCGAAAAUAUGGAAAAGACAUUACCAGGUCCAACUGAUUGUGAAACAACGCUCGGAAAAUUGACUGUAAUUAUUACCUAAAAUUAAAAAAAAAAUUUCAGAAUUUUUUUCAGUUGUACAAUGGUCCAAAUCAGUAUCACCCAGUUUUUGCAACAUUUUGUGGAGAAAGUGGAGGAAGACUGGCUCCGAGGUUGAAUCAAAAUAUUACCAUUCCGGUGUCAAAUGCUCUCCUAGAAUUUAAAGGACAUUCUACUGACUUUGCUUUAAACUAUGAAUUCAUCAAACGAGGUCAUUUUUUUUAGUUAAAAUUUAAAAGUGGAAACUAACUUUUUCAGAAUGCGGCUACACAACAGAAAUAGUUAAACCUAUUGUGGUCCCUGAAAACACUCAAAAUAUUUCUUGUCUAUGGAUAAUUAAAGCUCCAAAACACGAAGUAGUCAGAAUCAAUAUUCCAAAAAUCAUUAUGCUUUCUGGAAACAAGUUUGAUUGUAAUCAGAAUAGUUUAGAGAUUCAUGAUGGUUUCUAUAAAGACCAAUUGAUAGCUCAAAUUUGUUCAAAUGUUGAUGAUACUAUAACAUCAUAUGUUUCGAAAGGUUCAUAUAUGACAAUUUCAUUCAACAGUCGGUUAAUAGCAGCAUCUAACGAAAACGAAAAAAUAAAAGGAUUUUCACUGAAAUUCAAUUUUGAUCAAAAUCUUGUCGACUGUGACAAAACGUUUGAAAACGAGCUAACAACGAUGUCAUUCAGUGGAGUUAUCAAAUCUCCGUCUUUUGGAAUUGAAAAAUACCCACCAAAUUCAAAAUGUUUAUUGGAAAUUAUUGGAGCAAGGAAAAACGAAACAAAUGAUCAUUUGACUAUCAAAUUAAAUUUUGUAACUUUUGAUGUUAAAAGUAGAGAUGACAAAUGCAAAGAAGAUUAUAUUCAAAUACAAACUGAUAUAUUUGGAGAAACAUCAAGAUAUUGUAACGAUAAAAAUCCCCCUAGGCCAUUAGUGAUUCAAAGUUCAAAUGCUUUGAUUGAGUUUGUUUCUGAUAAACUCGAAGAAGGUGAAGGAUUUGAAGUACGUUUUGAAGUGGAAUGUUUAAGAAAGUUCACAGCGAAGGAUGGAUCAAUUCAAACAUGGAAUUUUCCGAAUGGAGGAAAAAGUGGAAAAUGUAUUUAUAUAAUUGAGGCACCUAAACAUAAAUAUAUCAGUCUAAAGUGAGUUUUUGAAAUUUCAAAAAGCCGAGAAAUUUUCAAACCCAAAUUUAUUAAUUAAUAAGUAAAUUGUUGUUUUUUUUUUCAAAUUAUUUCACAGCAUGUUUUUUUACAGAUUCAACAAUGUACAUCUCAACAUAGUUCAAAACGAGGAAGAUUGUUUCAAUUAUAAUGUCACUGGCGAAGAACAAAACUAUGUCGAAUUCCAAGGAGGUUUAGAGCACAAUGGCAAAUCAAAUCAUAAAUAUUAUUGCAAGAAAAAUAAUUUCAAUGAAGGUGAAACAAUGCAAUUUUAUUCAACUGAACCGUUGCUCGUAACUGUGAGUAGUGAUGGAAGUGAGGAUUUCAAAGGUAUCUCUUUCGAGUACAAUAUCAUAGAUUUUAGUAAGUUUUUGUCAACACAUAGCAAAGAACAAUUGUUUGAUUAAGGUUGUGGCGGAUAUUUUUCGAAUGAAACAUCACAUUCUUUUGAAUCACCUCAUUAUCCAUCAUUAUAUCCAAAUGAUGUUAAUUGUGAUUAUCAUAUUAAUGCUGAAAAUUGGGCAACAAUAAGAUUGAGCUUUGAAGAUUUUGAUCUGGGUGUACCUGAAUAUCGGAUGGUUGGAUCAUGUGUAUAUGAUCGUGUCGAAAUUUAUGAAUAUAAUUUAGAUUUUGAAAAAGAUGGAAAACUAUUGAUCACAUAUUGUCACAGUGGUGAUAAACAACCUGUUCAAACAAACUAUAAAAACAUGUUGGUUCGUCUAAUUUCAACUUCAAAACCCCCACGUGCUCGAUGGAAUGAACAUAAUCUACCUCGGGGAUUUAAAGCAAAGUUAGUUUUUUAUUGAAAUCUUUUUUACAAACCUGUUUCUGCGUGAGACUAUUUCUAGAAAACAUUAUAGAAACUUCAACGGUUUUCUUAUACUUUGAAAUUAUCUAAAAGUAAAUAGUUCAAAAAAUAUGAAACAUUUUACAGGUUUGAAUAUUUACCACAUGUAGAUUGUGAAACACAUCUCACUACCUCUGACGGAGAAAUUGUGUUCACAAAUUAUGACGUGAAAUGUGUUUAUCAUAUAAAUAUUAAUCAUGGAAGCAGAGUUAUUUUCAAUAAAUUGUCUGGAUCUUGUAAUAUGAUAAUCUACGAUGGAGCCACUAAAGAUUCUGCCAUACUUGGCACAUCAUAUUUUGAUGAACCAUAUAGUUUAAAGUUAAACCAGUUGGUGACAUCAACAAAUCAUGCACUGGUAGAAGUUCUUGGAAAAAAUGAGAAUUGCACUUUGAGCUAUUUUUCGGAAACAGGAUGUGGAAAAACAAUGACUGGAACUAUAGGCGGAGUUAUUUCGUCGCCAGGAUGGCCAACUAAAGGUUUGCUAUCUGGGCGAUGUGAAUGGACGAUCAAAGUGGCCGAUGGAAAUCGAAUUCAGUUUGAACUUGAUCAAAUGGAUCAAAUUUCUAGCUAUGAUGAAUCGCAUCCAUAUUACGGAUUUUGUUUGGAUCGAUCUUCUCAAUUAAGGGUGAAAAAAAUUUCUUAUUUUCUUUUUGAAUAUGUUUUCAUUUUCAGAUAUAUGAAUCACCUCGUUUUAAAUCAGAACUUAUUGCACUAUUUUGUGUCAAAACUGCAAAUUCAACUCCAAUAGUUUCUAAACAUAAUGAAAUAAAUAUCAAAUAUAUUCAAUUCGACAGUCGAAUUUUGUCUGGAUUUUCAGCAAAGUGGAAAGUAAAAUGCGAUGGAAUUUUGUUGACUGAUAUGUUUGGAGCAAUCCAAUCAGUAUUAUACCCAGAUGGAGAUUCUGAAUACCACUGCAAUUGGACGAUUCGGGCUCCUAUUGGAAAUCGGAUAACUAUUCUAGUUCAUGAUAUUGAUAUUCCUUGUGAAAUAAGCUAUCUAGAAGUAAGACACAAAUUAAAUAUUAAAAUGAUUGUUUUUGUUUAGGUGAGCAAUUUGAAAGACGUUGGAUCAAAAAAACUAUGCAAUUCUCAUGAUUCACAUGAAAUAACUUCAGAACAUAAUAUUUUGAAUAUCAAUUAUUAUUCAGGAAUAUCCGGACAAUUUUCAUUGAGUUAUUUUACGGUUGGGUGUGUUGGAGAUAUAAAAACUCCUCAAAACAUUAUUAUUUAUAAAAAAGAUAUUGAUGAAAUGUAUCAGAAAUUUGAGUGUCAUUAUAAAAUAUCAGCCCCAAUUGGACAAAAAAUCAAAAUCACUUUCAAUCAUUAUGGUUAUCUAACUCCAAAAGAAAAAUGUGUUUAUUCAAACAACACUGACUUCGAAGGAAUUGCAGUUUUCUCAGGAAAUUCCAAUCAGUCUGGAAUACCAAGUCAAACAAUAUGUGAAAAUAAACCAAAUCCAAUAAUUUCUCAAUUCCACGAAGUGUUUAUUAUCAUGUCAUUUGAUGUAAAUAGUUUCAAAUAUAGCGAUGAAUUAUAUUUGAAUGCUACAAUUGAAUUUAUUGAUGCACCGGAAGGAUGCAGCCACAAAUAUGAAUGUGAGUGAGAAUUAACAUACUUUUAAAUAUUUUUGAUUUCAGUGACUGAUGAUCCAAUAACAAUAUCUUCUCCAAAUUAUCCUAGAAUUUAUCCAGAAAGAACGAAAUGCGAGUGGCAAUUCAAUGUCCAACCUGGCUAUCAUAUAAAAUUGAUUUUGGAAGAUUUUUCAAUUGCACAUAGUGAUGCAAAGCAUUUGGCCAGACAAGAUUUAUCUAUUGGUUACAGUUGUAAAGUUCAAAACCGCGUAGAAGACGCACACGGCGUGCUUACCAUUAUUGAGGGGUAAAUUUCAAUUUUUGUUGACUUUGUUAGAAAAAAUUACAACAAGAAGUAGGGAUAACCAAUAAUUGACUCGAACAACAUCAAAUUAUGAAACCUUGUUAUCGAGUUUCAGAGGCAUAUUCCACAAUUACUUUUUCUUACAGAACCAAAAUUAUGGAUAGAAUUUGCAAUAAUACCAAAAAUAAAGAAUAUGAAAUAUUUUCAAAUCGCAGUGGAAUUGUAUUUGAUGGUGUAAGACGUUUACGUUUUGUCGAUAAGAACCACACUGAAAAUAAGGUUGGAUUCUUGAUUUUUGAUUCACAGCAAAAUAUUUAAUUCAGAUUGGUUUUCAAUUAACUGCGAGACGAGUUUGUGGUGGAGUUGUUGAUGCUAGUUUUGAAGAACAAACAAUGUAUAUUGAAAUGCGCGAUAUAAAAACUUGUAAUGUAACAAUCAGAAACAGAAUUGGUGGUAAGAUUAAUAAAAAGCCAGUGGGAAAUUCCAUUUUUUCUGUAUAUCAUCAAAUUUCCCACAGCUUCAGUUUAUGAAAUUUAAAAAUAAAAUAUUUUUCUUACAGACGAUACAAAAAUAUUUGCAAGAAUUGCAUCGACUGAUAUAUUAAGCGGACAGGAGAGAACAAUUUGGUCGCAACAAUUUUCCGACAACUAUGAGAUAUUUGAUGGAGAUUCUCUCGUGUCCACUUAUCCUCUUUAUAUAACUCAUCCUAAACCUGCUGUAUCUUCUGAAACUAUGGUAGUGAAAAUAAAUACUAUAGAGACUCAUAUCCAUGCAGCUAUCAAAUAUCGAUUGAAUGAUUUCUGUGAGUUCUUUUCAAUCCAUUUCUGUCUCCAGUUUUGACUGAAAAAAUGAACUACUAAAAAAUAAAGAAAAACGCAAAACAUUCAAACCUUCCGCCUGUCUGCUAGAGCGCGUUUGCCUUCUUCUUGAUAGUACGAAAAUUAUAGUUUCUGUACUGUUUUCUACUUCGAUGCUAGUUUUUCUUGAUUAUACAUAAUAUCUCUUGAAAUUCUGCCACAAUUUUCCUGACUCGAUCAAUAAUUACUUUUUACAAAAUAAAUUGGUUUGAUUAUACGUCUCCUUCCUCUCACUAAUUCUCUCUUCAUUUUUCACACUCUCUCCACUACUCUACUUCUCUAACAUUACGUCCCUCUAUUCUGUUUAUGUUUGCAUUAAUUUUAUUCUAUAAUCACUUUAAAAUUUCCUAAUUAGGGGACUUUUAUUUCGAUCAUAGGGUAUUUCGGAAAAAAAGGUCCCCACCACUAUCAUUUUGAGCCCCCACGUGUCAACUCAAGUUUAGGUCCCCACCAACAAGAUUUCUGACCAUAAUAAGGUGGGGACCUAUAAUAUGUCUGACGAGUGGGGGCUUAAAAUGAUAGUGGUGGGGACCUGUUCUACGAUUCACCCUAUGCAACACCUCUUCGCCGUCUUAUGUUGAGAUCAAACCGGCUCUAUUGCGUCCUUCAAUUUAAUUCAUUUUUCUUUCUGUUUCUUAUUCAUGAUAAUGAAAAUUCAUAUUACAGCUUGCUCCUCAAAAACAAUCACCGAAAAAACAGAAAAAGUUUGGAUUAAUUUGGGAAAUGAAAAAAUAGAUUGUGAAUGGACAAUUUCAACAAAUGCUGGAAGUUAUGUCAGUUUUUAUGUUGAGUGAGUUUCUUUCCAUUGAAAAUAUUGUGAAAACAUAUUGUUUAAGGGAUUUACAAUGGUCACAAACGGAAACCUGUGAUUCUAAUUUCAUAGAGAUUCGUAAAAAUAAUAAAUCAGGAGAAUUAAUACAACGUACGUGUGAACUUCAACUCGUUCAUUGGCCACCUUUCAAGGAACAAUCAUUGUAUGUUCGUUUGAAGUAUGAACCACAGGAAAUGCAGAAUACAGGUCUAUUCGUAGCUGAAUUCAACAAACGUGCUGGUGCUUCAGGAAAUGAAGACACUUUACCUUCUGUUUUAACAAAACCUGAAUUUCCCACAAAUUAUCCCAUUUAUUAUAAUAUUGAAUCAAAAGAUACGGAGGUUGGUUUUAUUGCUGUUUUUUUUCAAAUAAUAUCCAACUGUUUCAGAAAUAUCUUCAAUUUGAAAUAAGUAAUCUAUUUUUAUCGGAAUCUUCAUAUAUUGAAGUAUACGAAACGGUUGAUACAAACGACAAUUAUGAAUCAGAAACAGUUCAUAAAAAUGUCCAAUCCAACGAUCAAUUCAUUGUUCCAUUUUCAAAAGCAACACUAAAAAUAAAGUAUGGAAGAAACGAUGAUUACCAAAUUAAGUGGAAACCAGUUGAGAGUGAUUUUAUGUUAUCGGAUUCAACUGAGGAAUUUAGCGACUGUGGUGAGAGAACGCUACAGGCAACAUGGGAAUGGCAGUAUAUUGAAAGUCCUGUUUCACACGAUUAUGAUUAUAAUGAAUAUGAAGAUGGAGGUGACGAAACAGUGUCUGGAUAUGCUAAUAACUUACAUUGUUUAUGGAAUUUGAAUCAUCCAAUGUUUACUGGAGUUAUGCUCAAGUUUGAAAAAAUUGAUUUGAAAAACGAAAAUGAUUGUGUUGAAGAUUUUGUUACUUUCGAAAGUGACAUCAUCAAGUGAGAAUUAAAAACAAAUUUCAUAAAGAAAACUUUAUUAUUUUUCAGAUUUGGUAAAGAAAAAUAUUGUCGAUCCAGCGAAUCAUUCAAGAAAAUUGAAAAGAAAAGCGCAAACAAUUUCAAGAUUCAUUUUAUCAGUGAUGGGGAAGGAACAGCUACAGGAUUCAAGUUAGGAUAUAAAUUGAGUGAGUUUAUUUUUUGACGCAAAGUUACAAAAAUCUGAAACUAAUUAAUGCAUUAUAAGAGGCAGUUUCUCAGUGUACAUCAGAGAAGAUAGUGAAUUCUUUUUUUUGAGAGAAGUUGAGAGAAGUUAAAAGAAUUUUGUUUCGCUUUUUGCACUGAUCCCAAUUUUUUGUUGCCAAUAUUAUUCUCAUACACAACACAUAAAUCUUUGAAAUAUAUAUUUUCAGUGUGUUCUUCUUCACAAAUGAUUCCUAUUGGUGCUGAUUACGAAUAUCAACUUGAAAGUCCUCCAUUCAUAGGAAAUGAAACUUCUGAAUCGGAUUGUAAAUGGUAUAUUAGAUCAGAAAGCUCUCGCAAUAUUAUUGUUGAAGUUCAAGAAUCAAACAUUGGAAAUGGAAACUGUACAAACGAUUUUGUUUUUUCAAUUGUGAGGGUUAAAAUGAUAAUGUUUAAUAAGAACACAUUCCUUUUCAGAGAACAUCAUAUUUUGACAAACCUCAAAAUUUCUGUGAUCUCAAUGACGCGGAAAACAGAACAGUAACUUCAAAAACAAAUAUUUUACAUAUUGGAUAUGAAUUGUCACCAAUGAAAAACAAAACAUUUAAAUUAAAAUUGUAUGAGAAGACAACUGAAUGUCCAUCUGAACCUUUCCGGAUCAAUUCAAAACAUCCUUCAAGAACUAUUUAUUCUCCAGAAUAUCCUGGGAAAAUUCCACAUUCGACAGAAUGUGAAUAUAUGAUUCAAGCGCCAAUUGGACAAACUAUUACUUUGAACUUUGUUGAAUUAGAUUUGGAAAGAGAAGAUCCUAAUGACAAGUAACAAUUUAGCUCUUUAAAACCACCAAUAUUUUUUUAACCCCUUCAAAACGUUUUCAGAGAUCACGAUUAUUUGGAAGUUCGAGAUGGACCAUCAAAAUUAUCUCCUCUAGUCGGAAAAUAUCAAGGUUUUCAUGCACCACCAUAUAUUAUAUCAACUGGAAAUUGGUUCUAUUUACGACUUCAUACAAACAAUAAAAGAAUGAGUCAACGAUUUGAAAUUCGUGCUGAACUUGCAAAAUGUGGAGGAACAAUACAUGUCAAUGAGAGACAGAACAGUACAAUUUUGAAAUUUCCUAAAGAUGACAAAAUGUUUGAAACUCCGAUCAAUUGCACUUGGCUGAUUCAAAGUCAGAAUACACAUUUGAUUGAUUACAAGUUGGUUGAUAUUUUCAAAUUUUCAAUGAACCUUAAUGUUUUAAAGUUAUUUUUAGGUUUCUAUCGUUAUCCUUUCUAUCAUUUUUUGACAGCGAAGCACAUUUAUUUAUAAGUGAUCGAAACAAUACAAAACUCAUUAUUAGAGGUGGCACACACGAAUAUGAAAGAAGCAGUUCAAAUAAAUUGAAAAUAACUUUUACAGUUCAGAAAACAGUACGUUUAAAUAGCAUUGCCUUAAAGGGGUUGUCCUUAUACGUGAGAAAGCAAGUCCGCAAUUGUGCGUCACUAUUUUCAACUAACGGAACACCCCAAAUGACUUAAUAAAUGUUUGGGUGUGAACUCCGAGAGAAGUACACACAAAUAAAUAAUGUGUGCGAUAGAGCGCACUUUCUUUCCUAGUUUCAAGGUUUUAGCGGCUUGUGUUUUUCACCAAAAAUUCCGUAUUCGCGCACCAAGAAAAUUUUCUGAACACGGAACGUUCAAGAAGCACCUUAGCCCAAACAAUUUAGCAUAUCUUACGUUGUGGAAAGACAGUGUGACAAAUAAGUGUGACAAUAAUUUCAAAUAUAUCCGCUUUGUUCAUUGAUUUGUUUUAUCAAUAAUUUCAGAAUACAUUCCAACUUUGUUUAAGAGGAGCAUGUGGAUUCAGUAUGGAAUUUCGAUUGAGUAAAGAGAGUAAGUUACUAAAAACAGCGAAAAAAAAAUCUCACUAUUAUUUAAAGAAUGCGGAGGUAUCAUUGAUAAUGAUUCUGGAACGAUUACACUACCUGGUUAUCCUGGAAUCAUCCUUCCAAAUUUGGACUGUCAAUAUGUUUUGAGUGCUGGUGUUGGUUUCGUGUAUCGAUUGAAGUUCAAAUACACAGACGAAGAAAACGAUAAACCCAAGUGUAAUAAGUUUUUGAGGGUACGGUAUUUCUUAUAAUCCAAACAUUAUUGAAUUCAUUCCAGCUUUACAACAGUUUUGAAAUGGGUGUGUUUUAUGGCGGUGAAAUGUUCUGCGAAAAUUCUGCUGUUUUGACAACGAGAACUGAUAAUGGACUCCUUCAGUAUUCUGAUAAUGGUUUUCAUUUACGGCGAACCAUAUCUGAACCGUUUGUGAUUGAAUAUCAGAAAGUGAGUUCCAAGUUAAAAAACAAAUUCAUAAAUGCAAACGUUGAAAUCAUAGAUCCCUAUGAGAAAAGAAGAGAAUCACUGUACAUACUUGGUUGAAAAGAAUGAAACUCAUUCAUGGAGUAAUAAUGAUGGAAAUACGACCAAAACCGGAUACGACGGUUUGAAAUACUUUUCCGUCAACAUAAAACAAUUUUCAAAAUUUUAGAUUUUUGCCAUUUCAAAGUGAAAAAGCCUAAUGGAACAAUGACACUGAAAAUAAAUUUCUCACAAAUCAACCAAACUUAUGCAUGGCUUCAAAAUGAUUAUGUACGAUUGAAAUGUGAGUUUUAUUGAAUCAAAAAUUUUGAUUGUCUUUUUAUCACGGUUGAUUUUUGUCACACGGUUUAUUUUUAUUUUACAGCAACAAGCGGUCCAAUGUUAUACAAUAAAUAUAUCAGUGGAAAAACACAACUGACCAAUGAAACAGAAUUUGUCACAAUUAACAAUGAAAUGGAUUUGUAUAUAGGACAAAAAUCAAGUUCAUAUCUGAAUUACACUGUGAAAGUUGAUGUUGAAUUCCAGGAUUGCGGAGGAUAUUUGAAAGACUUUGAUUCAGGAAUCAUAACAAGUCCAAACUAUGGACCGAAUAAAGUCUAUCUAGCCAACUCGAGAUGUCAAUGGGUGUUAGAAGCACCGAUUGGUCAAAGAGUUGCUAUUAAAAUAGAAGAGAUGGCUAUUCAUCAUACCGAAGAUUGUAAAGAAGAUCGCUUGACAGUUGGAGAAGGAAAAGAGAGUUACAUUAAUGUGCUUCAUUAUUAUUGUCAAAGAGACAGAAAUAAUGCAGAUGAAACUAAUCGAAAAUCUAAUGAUUUUGAUGAGUCAUAUAGAACAAUUGUUUCAAAGAGUAGAUAUUUAACUAUCCAGUGGGUUACAAAUGGAAAGACUGAACGAUCUGGUUGGAAAUUGAGUUAUAGAUUUUUCAAUGAAGAUGAUUGUAAGUUAUAUUUCUAUUCAAAAUCUUCUACUUUGUACGCAAACGUUUUUCAGCUUGUAUAUAUCAUGAACCUCCCCGCGAUCGUGGAAUUAUCAAUUUUGUUCGACAGACUGGUGAUUAUUUGCCAAACCAACAAUGCUACUGGGAUAUUCAAGCUCCAACUGGACAUCACAUUCUCCUACAUUUUCAAUUUUUCCAUCUCGAAGACUCAGAGAAUUGCAAAAACGAUCAACUUUUAAUUGCGCAAAAAUCUCAUGUUGGCACACAUUUUUAUUAUUUUGAAAUGAAAAGCACUGAAACCAACCAAAAAGUCGAAAAACCACUAUGUGGUGAAAUAACACCUAAAGAUAUUGUAACAGAAACUUCAAGACUCGUUUUAAGUUUUAAAUCGAAUCAAAACAUAGAAAAAAGUGGAUUUAUUAUUGAAUGGAAAGCUGUUUGUGGAGCAACAUACAACUCUUCACAAGGUACUAUAAUAUCUCCACAUUUUCCAAAUGGUUAUCAGAAUGAAGAUCGAGAAUGUGAAUAUAUUAUUAAUGCUGAGGAAACGGAUAUAGUUACUGUUGCAUUUGCUGAAAUUGAUAUGAUGCCAAAAGAUAAUGACGAAAGAAAUAUUGAAUGUGGAUCAGACUAUGUUGAGCUUUUUGGAAAUGAUAAUAUUGGUGUUAAAUUCUGUCAUCCAUAUGGUAAAACAAGAAAAUAUGAUGGUCCGGUCAGAAUAAUUUUCAAAACUGGAAAACACAGAAGGCUAGGAGACAUGAAAAAACAUAAGGGAUUCAAAAUAUUGUUCACUAAAUACAGUAAGAUUUUUUAGUUUUUAGAAGUAUUUGAGAUUUGUAUGAUUUUUCAGAAUGCGGUGGAAACAUUUAUUUGGAAAAAGAUGAAACAAGAAUUAUAGAUAGUGGAUAUAAAAUUUUCCGUGAACCUUUAAUGUGCACAUGGAACAUAAAUACAACUUCAGGAAAUGCACUUAUUGCAAAAAUAGAAAUGUUGACAACAAGCGUUAAUGUUGUUAAGUUUUUCGAUUCGUUCGAAAAAACGAAAAUGAUAGGAAUACUUUCUGAAGAAAGUAAUGUGUAAGUUUUGAUAAAAACUCGAUCUAUUAUGUAGCCUUCUGUAUUGAAUUUUUUUUUGACAGGCGUAGAAGAGUUCGAACAAUCACACCACAGCUUGCAGUCGAAUUGAAUUCAUCAUAUGAACAUACUGGCAUAGUUAUGAGUGUAACAUCAAAAAAACUGUGUUAUCAGCUGUUGAAUGCCACUGAAGAAAUUAAAACAAUUAUCCGGCCAAGAGACGAUAAUGGAGAUUUCCUUCAAUUUGCGGACUGUGUUUGGUUUAUCAAUGCACCAGAAUAUAGUGUUAUUCGGAUCAAUAUUACAAGCACUUCUGAAGGUCAAGUUUCUUCGAAUAUGAAUUCAAAAUGCACUUCUGAAGGUUUGGCUAUUUAUGAUGGAGAAUUUGAAACUUCCCCACUCUUAACUCGAAUAUGUCACAAUCAAGGAUAUCCAAAUCAUGAACUAGUGAGCUCUGACCAAGUUGUCCGAGUUUCUUUCAUCUCUCAUGAUAAUAUAACUAGUGAUGAUUUUACCAUAUCGUAUGCUCUUGAACCAAGUACGUUUUUUUCCGGAAGAUAUUUUUUUUCAAAUAAUUUUUGAAUUGAAGAAGGCUGCAAUAUUGAACUCACUGCUGAAGAACAUAUACAAAAUUUCACUUCAACAUUCUCAAACGAUGAAAACGAUUUGAGAUUAACAAAAAGAUGCGCAAUCAAUUUACGAGCAAAUAAAUUAGAAGCAUUAACAAUCAAUUUCCAAACCAUGACGUUUUCUGAUAAUGCUGACAAUAAUUAUUUGAUGGUUGAAGAUUUAGGAGAAACUACAACAUACAGGGGAGCAUCACGAAUAUAUACACAGAAAGACAAAAUACUACAGUAUCAUUCAAUGACGAAUUAUGUUAAACUCACUAUUGUCACGGAAAAAAAGCAACAAUCAAUGAUUGAUUUCACUUAUGAAUUGUUUGAUAGUAUGAUUAAAGUUAGAAUAUCUUUCAAAAAUGUGAUUGUUUCCAGAAUGCCAACAUUUCUUAGAAUCAAAUAAAAUGGAUUUCGCAACUAUUAGGAACGAGGAGGAACCGAAAAACAAAACAUGCGUAACAAAAAUAGGAAACUUUGAAAAUCCUGUGGAAUCGAGUAAAAUAUUCAUUUAUGGUCAUUUUGUUGGGCAAAAGACAGGAAAUGAUUCAUUUUUCAAAUUAGUUGAUAAUUCUAAAGUUGUCGAAGAACUUCCAAAUGAUGAAAUAAUGUCAUAUGUUUCUGAAGGGAAUGGUUUUGUUGAGGUAAGAAAAUCAAAAUAAUAUUCGCAAAAAGUCAGUUUACAGUUAAUUCGACAUGGGAACAAUGCUGCUAAGUUUGAAGGAGGAUUCCAGAUAGUUGAAUCAGAAACCAACGAUACAUUAAUUUUGAAAGAAACCAGAUCGAUGUGGGGAUAUUUUACAUAUAAAAAUAGUUCGAAAUACACAACACAGAUGUCAGUAUUUUAUACUUUUAUUGUUUUUCUUCUAUUGACUUUUUUUUCAGUUCUACAAUACGCGUACCAAAUGGUUAUUUGACUCAUAUUCGUAUUAUGGUUUUAGACAUUGGUUUUCCACCAGGAGAUGAUUGUCAUACUCAAGGUUAGUGUUUCAUGAAACAUUUGUCACUAAACGUCAGUAUUUUUUGCAGAUGAGUAUUUAAAAAUAGAAAUAACAGAUAAACCAACAGAAGUUUUGCGAAAUUGCCCAAACGUGAGUUUUUAAAAAUUUCUAUAUUCAUAUAGUUACUGUUUUAGGACGACAUACGUCCAAUUAAUAUUGAAAGAGGUGAAGAUAUGGUGAUUAAGAUAACUCUUAAAAUUGAUAGAAAUAUUACAAAUGUGGAGAGAAAAGUUUCAGUCCUAUGGAUAUUUUCCGAACACGAUUAUUAA